UUUCGUUGUUCGCGGAUUCGCCGUAGUAGACUCCGGACGAGUCGAGUAUCGAACGGUUUUCGCCGGCUACACUCACAGACAAUACAAAACGGGGGUGGUGUUUCCUGCUUCUCUAUAGGGGUGGAUUUUUGUUUAGGGUUGCACUUUACUGGAGAAUAUUUUGUUGAUAUUUGAAGCUUUUUUUACAAUGAACGGACACAACGGACAUCAGAACGGAGACACGAACGGUUGCGGCGGCGACAUCAUCGCCCAAAAUCAGCUGAAAGGGUGCUGGACCAUCGGCCUGAUCAACUCGAAAUUCCGUUACUUGACCGCCGAAACCUUCGGGUUCAAAAUCAACGCCAACGGGACGUCAUUGAAGAAAAAACAAAUCUGGACUUUGGAACCGGACACGACCAGUUCCGGAGAAAGUCUGAUCUAUUUGAGAUCCCACCUGGACAAAUAUUUGGCGGUGGACUCUUUUGGGAACGUGACUUGCGAAAACGAAGAAAAAGAUCCGGGCAGCAAGUUCCAAAUAAGCGUUGCAGAAGACGGCACUGGCCGAUGGGCGUUGAAAAACGUCGUUAGAGGCUACUUUUUGGGAGCUUCCGCUGAUAAACUUACUUGCACGGCUAAAGUUCCUGGUGACGCCGAAUUCUGGCACGUCCACUUAGCCGCCCGACCUCAAAUGAAUCUCCGUUCGGUGGGCAGAAAACGGUUUGCUCAUUUGUCCGAAAAUCUGGACGAAAUCCAUGUCGACGCCAACAUCCCUUGGGGCGAAGAUACUCUUUUCACUUUGGAGUUCAGGCAGGAUGAGGGCGGCAAAUACGCCAUACACACUUGCAACAAUAAAUAUUUGUCGUUGAAUGGAAAACUGGUAGAGACUUGCAAUAAAGACUGUCUAUUCUCGGCCGAGUACCACAGCGGACAACUAGCGCUCAGAGACCGUCAAGGUCAAUAUCUGAGCCCCAUUGGAUCCAAGGCUUUGCUUAAGAGCCGCUCCAACACCGUUACCAAAGACGAACUGUUUUCUUUGGAAGAUUCUUUGCCUCAGGCCAGUUUUGUAGCCGCUCUGAAUAGCCGGUUCGUCAGUGUCAAACAAGGUAAGAGAUUUUACUUAUUCGCGACUUUAUUUUCGACAACUUUACUCGUCUGA